CCUUCCCCCCUCUCUCUCUCUCACAGGCACUUACAGAAACAGAUAAUUUAAUAAACCAUUUUACAGUUUGUCUUCAUUUUCUGUUCACAGGGCGAAUGGCUCAUCAUCAGGAACAGGACAAUGUAGUUUUGUUGGAUUUCUGGCCAAGCCCUUUUGCAAUGAGGGUGAAGAUUGCUUUGGCCGAGAAGGGCAUUGCAUACGAAUGCAAGCAGGAAGACCUGCAGGCCAAAAGCCCUCUGCUUCUGGAGAAGAAUCCUGUUCACAAAAAGAUCCCAGUUUUGAUUCACAAUGGAAAUCCCAUCUGUGAGUCCUUGAACAUUGUUCAGUACAUCGAUGAGACCUGGAACCAUGAGCCGCUCCUUCUUCCCUCUGAUCCUUAUCAGAGAUCCCAAGCCAGGUUUUGGGGUGAUUACAUAGACAAUAAUGCAUACGGAAUAGGAAAGGAUGUAUGGCUAAUGAAGGGGAAAGAACAGGAAGAAGGGAAUAAAGAGCUCAUGGAGUGCCUGAAGAGGCUUGAAGGAGAGCUAGGGGAGAAGGCUUAUUUUGGAGGGGAGAAGCUAGGGUAUGUGGAUGUCGCUCUAGUUCCACUCACCAGCUGGUUCUAUGCCUACGAGACAGUUGGGAAUUUAAGCAUAGAAGCAGAGUGCCCAAAGGUCGUGGCUUGGGCCAAGAGGUGCAUGGAGAGCCAGAGUGUGGCUAAUUCCCUGCCUCACCCACACAAAGUCCAUGAAUUGGCCAUUCUAGUUAGGAAGAGAAGGGGGUUGGAAUAAGGAGGGAAGAAGGCAUGCUUUGUACUCAAACGAUAGUCAUUGAACCAGUAUUUGUGAUCCAUUGCAACUAGUGUUCUGUCGGCCAAAAUAAACAAUGCGAUCGUGUGAACAGUCAGUAAUAUCUGUUUUAUCUUU